AUGGCAUCUUUCCACCGCACGUCGUCGCCAGUUCUCACAAUGACGUCCCAAGCUGCGCACCAACUCCCCUUUGACCGCCCGUAUGCAAUGCAGCAAUCCUCGCCCUUUGGCAACCCAUCUGCAUGGUCGCAAAACAUUGGCCAACGCAAGCCAACGGCUCCACCUCGGGGCCGCAAGCGGUCGCGGGAUGAGGCUGCCGUCAAUCUCGACUCCCCCGAAAAAGCUCCUCCCGCCGUCGAGCCUGUCAAGGAAGACGAGGACGAGUGGGAGUACGGCCCCGGCAUGGUCCUCAUCAAGAAGGGCAGCGGUUAUAUCCACGACGCCAGCAACCAAUCAGGUACUUGGCUCGAGGAGAAGGCUGCCGCGCUGGAAGCCACGAGGAAAGAGGAGGCUCUUGUUGAGCAGCAACGCCAAGCGCAAGACCGCCCGUCUCUCCGGAGCCAUAAGUCAUCACGCCUCGACCUCUCGGCCCACAUCGAGUCUCCAGAGAGCGCACGCAGCAGCCGUUCCAGUCCCAAGCGCGACGUGCGCGAUCCCUCGCCCAUGACCCCUGACGGCGGCUCCUCCGGCGGGGUUUCCCAGCCUGUUAUCGAUGACUUUACCUUGCACCUCGGCAUUGGCUGGAACCGCCUCAGCGACGACGAGCACAUACAGGCGGCCGCGCGCGGCUGGGCGCGCUACAUCGAAAACCACUACCCUGUAACGGAACCCAAGAUUCUGCUCGAGAGCAAGGGUCUCGAAUCGUACCUCGUAGAGGCACACGAGGGGUACUUUCUCUUUGCAGAGAACCUUCGUCAGGGUCGGCUGGUCAGCAGCAACGCGCAACGCGCUCUCGACAAUCUCAAGUCCUCCCCGCCUGUUUUUGACGGCACGCAAACGAUGGGUGCCGCUGGUACUCCCCUUCCCGCGGAGGUUGCGACUGCAUUAACAGCCGGCCCGGCCACCGCUGCCACGGACGUCGAGAUGGAUAUGGUCUAA